AUGUUUAUCUCUGGUGGUCUGCCAAUGUAUUCUAUUUUGCAAUCAACAAGCGAACAACAAAUGCCGACAUAUAUAGGCAAUUCGAUUCAGCAACCGAACGGCGCUCCGUUCCCGCAGCAAAACCUUUUUACGAACGAAGUCAUUAUGCCGAUGCAUAGACUGAGCCGACAAAACUCGGUUCAAGACAUGCUUGGAGUUUUCCCGAUCGAGCCAUCGGAUUAUGCCCAAUCACAGGUCUAUCCAACGGAGAUUAUUCCACGUCCGCCUCCGUCACAAGCAAGCAUUCAGCAACAAAGCAACGUUGAUCAAUCGGGAAACGAGGACUCGCAUCAAUCUUCCCAGAUGGAAACUGAUGAGCAACCUUCGCAAUCUCAACAUUUACAUUUGCCAAGCAGA